AUGGCAGCAAAUGCGAGCAGUGACACGCCUGUCCUCUCGCGAAGACAUGUACACAUUCUCAUUGUCGGAGCCGGUCUUACAGGCCUGAUUUUUGCCCAAGGCCUGCGAAAGUUCAACGCCUCUCCAGCUGCAACUGCACAUCCGACCAAAUACACCUAUUCCCUAUUUGAGCGCGACCCCUAUGCACUUUCUCGUGGCGGAGGCUACAGUCUUUCGAUACACUGGGCCCUGAGUAAUCUUCGUGAUGCUCUACCUGAAGACACCCUGACCGGUCUUAAUGACUGCCUCGUCAACCCGUAUGCCUUUGAGCAGGGCGAGCCUGGCCAAUUCCAGUAUCUGAACUUUCGCACAGGAGAGCAGGUAGUGGCCUUCCCGUUCCGGCCGGGCUCUUCUGCUCGAGUUUCCCGCGAAAAGAUCAUCAAGCUGCUGAUGACGGGUUUGGAUAUUCAGUUCUCGAAGCAUCUAUCUGAUAUCAGUUACCCGACGGAUACGGCCGUCAAAGCGCACUUCGCCGACGGCACCAGCGCGAUCGGGGACCUUUUGAUCGGUGCCGAUGGUGUACGGUCCAAGGUAAGACGAGACCUGUGUCCCGGACCAAAAGGUCAGACACGCCAACUGCCCGUGCGAAUGCUUGGAGUCAAAGUCAGCUACCCAGUCGAAAAAGUCGAACAAUGUCGCAAGAUCGAUCCGCAUUUUUAUCAUGGUGGGGAUCCACAGACAAACGUGUAUUCCUGGUUCUCGUUCAUCCAUUUGCCGCGUCCGACGGAUGGGAUCCCUGACGCAGAAUGCCAGCUCACGUUCAGCUGGCCGUAUGAAAAAGGAUUUCUGGGUCGAGAGGAACCGACGGACAUGCCUGCCACGAAUGCAGAACGACAUGCAUGGAUGCGACAGCUGGCGGAUGGAUGGGCAGAGCCGUUUCGUGAAAUGAUCUACGAUCUCCCAGAAUCCACGGAGCUGCGGGAGAUUGGUGUGGAAGACUGGCGGCCUGAGAAGGGAGCUUGGGACAAUCAUAAUGGACGAGUGACUCUUGUAGGAGAUGCUGCGCAUGCAAUGACAAUAUUUCGCGGUGAAGCUGCCAAUCACGGUAUCGUUGAUGUGACGAGUCUCAUGAGUCUACUUUUUGGAGAGCAGGAAGACUCUCCCAAGGCAGUGGACUUGAAGCACGUCGUUGAUACGUACGAAUAUGAAAUGAUCGAGAGGACGUACCCGGCGACUUUGAGGGCACACCAGGCGUGCCUUGACGCCAAUCACUUUGCUUCCGUUAAAGAUGGUAGUCCGCUCAUUGCAAGGAGAGCAAUCAAGGUAGAGACAUAA